ACUACGGAAGCCCUUUCGUGCAUAUUACAAAACCACGAAGAAAGUAGCAGGAAUGAGCAUCUCCACCUUUUUUUAUUUCAAACGAAAAUAGAUUAUAAUUCACUGCAUGUCCGUCACAUUGUCCACUAUCAAGGUGAUCUCUAAAUACGCUUAAGUUGUUUUUCAACGGGACCAGACGAGCUCUUUCUUAAAUUGUUACCUCAUCAGUUUAACACCAAGGUCACAAGGAAGUUCUGGGCUUCUCAACACGUGUUGUUUUUAGACAGUGUUUUUUUGGACACUGCACCGUUUGAAUCAUGUCUGGACUCAUAAACUUUGAGGACGAAAAGGAGGUGAAGCAGUAUUUGGAUAACAUAGGUGUGGAAUUCAGCUACCAGUGUUACAGAGAGAAGGACCCUGAAGGGUGUCAAAGGCUUGCUGACUACAUGGAGGGAGUGAAGAAAAACUUUGAGUCUACAGCCCAGGUGCUCAAACACAACUGUGAGACUAAUAAACAUGGUGAAAGCUGCUACAAGCUCGGGGCUUACUAUAUCCAAGGCAAAGGGGGAUUUGCAGAGAAUCUGAAAAUGGCCUACUCCUGCUUCAUGACGGCCUGCAGCAGUGGCGGUAAGAAGUCUGUGGACGCGUGUCACAACGUGGGUCUCCUCGCCCAUGACGGUCGAGCCAUGGAAGCCGGCCCUGACCCGGGGGUGGCUAGGCAGUACUAUGAGAAGGCAUGUACAGGGGGGUUCGCACCCUCCUGCUUCAACCUUAGUGCCAUGUAUAUCGAGGGCUCCCCGAAGCAAAGUAAGGACAUGGGCCUGGCUCUGAGGUAUGCCACAAGAGCCUGUGAGCUAGGACACGUCUGGGGUUGUGCCAACGCCAGUCGUAUGUAUAAACUGGGGGACGGGGCGGAGAAGGACGAGAAGAAAGCUGAGGAACUUAAGAACAGGGCGAAAGAGCUUCACUUCCAGGAGAAAGAGCGGCAGCUCAAGUUUGGGGAAUGAAGGGGUUGGUCAGAGGGAAGUCGCUUCAAUAAAUCUUUGUUCCAAAGGGGCAAUUUGUUUUGAAUGAUUGUCCAGGGUCAUGUGGUGCUUCCUCUUGGGCUGUGUGUGUAACCUGACAUGCUACAUAGACAUGACUGCUUAGUGCUGGCCAAAGGUUGAAGAAUUCACGUGUGUGUUUUAACCUGUGUGUGGAUGGUUUAUAUGUUGCUUCGUAAUACAUGUACAUGUAUUUUUUUCUCUAUGGGGGACCGACUCUGUCAAUACGAGAUUGUCCAUCUCGACAUGUACACAUUCUCAGUCCAACACAUCUGCCUGAAAAUUGACAACAACUUGACCUGAUUAAAAUUAGUUCCCGCAAACAGCUCAAUUCAUGUGUCGUCAUUAUAGCUAGGAAUCCAUGAUGGAGAGUAUCUCAUCCUAUAUGGACAGUGAGAAAAGGGUGCCGUUCAUAGUUGAGCUUGUCACAAUGCAGCACUCUGGGAAGUAAAUUGGUUCUGCCACUAGAUGGAGUCAAAGUCAAGGAAAAUGAGUCUGCUAUGGGGUAUGGCAAAUCUACUGUAUUGGUUAAUCAGGGCUGGUGUAGGAGUUUUAUUUUCUUAUCUUUCAUUUGCUCAUCCCCCUCUGUGCUGUGUUCAAAAUAUAAUAAUCAGAUGGGACUGAGUAGAGAGGUAAAAUGUGUGGUAUUACAGCAAAUUUCUUGCUAUUUUGCCAUGAGGCUGAGAGGACAUGUUGCUGUUUUAGAGGUCUGAGAUUCUUAAAAGACAGGACAAUCUGAACUUUUCCCCACAAAUAUGUCUUUAUUAACAACAUUUGAAAUAUUUUUCGAUAGACCAAAGUACCGACAAUCACACCGUGUAAAGGAACAUCUUUUAUUUUAUAUACCAUAAAAGGCAUUUAAUUUGUACAAUUAUUGUCCAAGUGUUUAAAGGCCUUGGUUGUUUAAUUCUAAUGUGAUUAUUCUGAUAUGUAAUACAGUUUUCUAAACUUAUUUUUGUUUUGUUUUAUAGCACUAAUUGCUCUAGGGCUAAUUUUGUUUGCAAUUUGCCAUGUUUUUCUAGUUUUAGAACAUAAAACAACAUAAAGCAAACUUUAUCCCAUGUGUAGCACACCAAAUACAUCAAUUGUUUACGCAUAUGUUAACAAACUGUGAUUACAUUUUUUUUUUUUGGAAUAUUGACCAAAAAAUAUGUACUCUAUCGGUGACGGAGUUGACAACCAAUACUCAAAACAGACAUUUUUGCCUCUAAAACUAAAAGCUCAAUACAAACAUUUGUAAAAUAUGGAGAAUUAUUCAUUUAAAAAUCUCCAAUUAAAAACAACCAUUCUAUCAGAUCUUUCAGCACUCUGACAGAGUUGACAACUGUUUCAUUUUCCUUAAUUUGAGUUUAUUUUAUUUUUACAGGGAUAGUGCACAGUAAUCAACGUUUCAGUAAAAGUGCCGGUUUUAGCUAGCCGGCUAGUUUUCAACCGCAGUCCCUGGGCAGGUUAUCAAAAACAAUUUAAGAAUUGAAGUGGUAUACACAGAAAUGUUGUUUUCUUUGGUUGCUUUAGGAAAACCUAAUUAAGUGUAACAUAUUUUAACCAAAAUUCAUAUUGUAUCUUUAUUACCGAUAUGGAGUUGACAGUUUAUGGUUGUGCCCAUGGUGAUUCCAGUAUUGUUAGUUUUUAAAUCUUUCAAAAAUAGAACACUUUACAGACCAUGAGUGGUCUUGUUGCAUGUCAUGUAUUGACAUGAAUAAGGGGUCCUUAUGGUAUAGCUGACCCUGCUCAUUCCUGAUUAAUUUAGGAUUUUUGACAAAUUUGACAGAGUUGACAGUCUUUUAGGAAUCAGAGUUUUGAGAUAAAUAUUCUAUAAAGUCACAGGGAGCUAUUGCAAGAAACUACAGGAGAUCAUUUUUCAGUUAAUAUCCAUUAUUGGAAUUAAUUAUUUUUUUUAAACACUUUUUGGGAUCUGUUGCCCCGGACAAGAGCAUUUCCAGGUAUGGAGCUGACAUGGAAAUUAAUAAUAUUGAAAGUAUUUUGAAAAUUAAAUAAACUAAUCUUUUCCCUUAUAAAAUGAUCAUAAAUGUACAUUUUACGGUCAAAUAAUGCAACAAAAUAACUAUACAAAUAAAGUUUUCCUGCCGGACAAGGAUUGUUCUGACUUUCAAGAAUCUCUGAGCUAAUUUACUGCUAUUGUACACAUUUUGCCAUGAGACUGAGAGAAAUGUUGCAGUUUUCAAGCUAAUUUCCUGUAAUUCUAAACAUUUAUUUUAUGGCAAAUCAAAUUCUAUUUGUCACAUGCUUUGUAAACAACAGGUGUAGACUAACAGUCAAGUGCUUACUUUCGUACCAUUCCCAAAAAUGCAGAGAGACAAAAAAAUAGAAAGUCAAAAGAUCAAAAAUAAUAAUUUGAGGAAUAAAUAGAAAAUAACACACAGAAUAAAUACACAAUGAGUAAUGAUAACUUUGCUAUAUACUCAGGGUACCAGUAUCGAGUUGAUGCAGUGGUACAACGUACAGUGCCUUCAGAAAGUAUUCACAUCCCUUAAUGUUUUCCACAUAUGUUACAGCCUGAAUUUAAAAAUGUAUUAAAUAGUUGUGUCACUGGCUUACAUCUACAAUACCCCAUAAUGUCAAAGGGGAAUUAUGUUUUUAGAUUUUUUGGGUUAUAAAUUAAUAAAAAAUGAAAAAGC